UAGUUUGUACGUUUAUCGUUAUGCAAAAAUUCUGUUGCCAAGUCAACUUUGAAAAAGAUUUAUAUUUAGCAGUUUUAAGAGUUAAAUAGAUAAAUUAGAUUUGUUUUUAAUAAAAUAUUGAUAUUUUAUCUUGGACAAAUCAUCAAUCCUAACAAUGAAUUCGGAAUUACUUAGUUGUUUACCGAAUCCGUCGUUUCCAAAACUUGUAGCUAUGAAAACAACCUUACAAGAAACUAUUAGAUGUUUCAAAGAUUUGAACGAAGAAUAUGACAAGCUAAAUAAGGAAAACAUGGAUUACAAAUCAAAAUUUCAGACACUUGAAGAUAAGUGUAAUUGUAAAAGUUUGAAUAGUCCAGAUGCAUUAAAAAAAGAACUACAACAGAAAAAUUAUAUCAUACAGCAAGUUGCUUCAGCCCUUACAAAACUUCUAAAAACAAAGGAUCUUAAGAUUUUAGAUGGUAUUUUUAAAAUAAUAUGUAGUGAAUCAAACUUAGAUCAAAAUGACAUAAGAGUAAAAGAAGAAAUAUGGGAUGAAUCUUUAUCAGAGAUAGCAGGAACCCCUGGUCGCAAGAGUCCUAUUAUUCUAAUGAGCAAAAAAGUUAAAAGCAAUACAGCUUCUGGCUUAAGUCUAAAUAAGAAAAGUGAAGAAACUAGGGAAACUCCAGAGAAAUGUGUGAAAUUGAUAUUCCCAUCUCCAAGUAGAAGUAGAGGUACUGGUCGGUUAAAGCAGUCCAGACUUAAUGUUUUGAAAGAGAAAUCUUCUCUUGUGGUUGACCUUACUUGCUCACCAGAAGCUAUAAGGUCUGAUGACGAUAAGUGUAAUGUUAAAAAAGAAGUACCAGACUAUGAUGAAACAAUAUUACCUUCACCAACCAGUGGGCCAUUUCUUUUGCCUCAAAUGUUUAAAUCGAUGUCAAGGGAUAGUCCAAGUAAAUUUAAAAAGCCUCAAUCACCGCCCAAGUUAAAACUAGAAGAAACAGAAAAUUUACACGAUAAGAAUCGAACCGACUCAAUAACUUACACACAAUAUUCUAUUGAUUUGAUGAAGCAUUGCAGGCGGAACUUAAAAUUAAAUAAAUUAGAAAAUGAAGACGAUAACAUGGAGUGUGAAACGAACAACAGUCAUUCAUUAUUGCAAAAUAAAAAUAGUCCGCAAAAGGCGCCUUUACGUGAAAACAACAACGUAUUAAACACACAAGUAGAUAUGGAGUCGAGCCUGUCGAUAUUACAGCGAAACGCGAGAAUUUCACCCCCACAAACGAUUUUGCCUAAGAGGACAAAGUUGGAACCAGUACAGCCGGUGUAUAAGGAGCCUACACUCAGGAAAAAAAGUGAAAAACGGGCCUUACCUGGAUGGAGCUGUGAUAAUUGUAUGCAGUUUUAUGGUACCUUAUAUGCUGAUAACCCAGAUAUGCUUGCUGAGAAGAUGGAAGAAUGCUCCAAACACCGAGGCCGGAACAACCCUAUUCGUCCCUCCACUCCUGAUGGUUUUUGGGACAUUAGAUGGGAUGUGCCUACAGAUACUGAAGAGUUUAAUAGAAGAAAUAAUGCUGUAUAAAAAAACGAAUAGCUUAGCCUUAAACACAUUCAUCAAAUGGUUAUCUGAUAAAUUGGUAAUUUUAUCAAUAAUAUUUCAAUCAAUUGGUUCUGCCCAUCGUUUUCCACCUAUUUACAUAUUCUGACCUAUCGCGGUCCGUCAAUUUAUUUUAUAUUUCAUGAUGGCAAUGCUAUAAUCUAUGGAUGCUAAUUAGUGCCACUUCUAUAUCAGGCCAUGAUAUUUUAAAAAAAUGCAACUUGUAUUAUUGUCUGUCUCCUUUUUAAAUACUUGUUGAAUUAUUACUUAAGCAUCUAAUACUCACAGCCAUUGCUAACUUAAGCUCCUCAAUCUAUACAUUUUAUAAUUUUACUUGAUUGAAGGAUUGAACUUCAGUGAAAAAUCUAGCUUAUGGAUUCAUGCAUUAUUUUAUGUUCACGUAAUUAUUAUCACAUUAACAAAUUAAAUGGAUACAAUAGCCUGUAUAAUUGAAAAAUCUUCAUUAAAAUAAAAAAGCUACUUUUAUGAUAACCAUUCUCACAUUAAAGUAUAUGUCCAAAGUGACAUAUGCAAUACAUUAUUUUUAUUAUUUAAUUAGUUUUUUCUUAUUGUGGGAGUACUUUUUUAUGUAUAGAUUUAAAUAUACUAUUCUGUUAUUAUGUUACCUCAUACAUUACCCUAAUUUCAAGAUUGUUGUCUUAAUUUGUUCAAAUAAGUAAUAUAUGCGGUAUUAUUCACCAAAAUAGAGUAGGAUUUAAAAUGUUCAUA